GAAAACAAACUGACCUAUUGGAAUCUAAUGGACUGGACCAAUCCAAGAAAAAUGGCCCCUCAGUAUGUCGAGGUGUUUCUUCCACAGUUCAAGAUAGAGAAAAAUUAUGAAAUCAAACACUAUUUCAAAGCUCUAGGGCUGACAGAUAUCUUUGAUAAAUCCAGAGCAGAUCUCUCUGGCAUAGCUGUAGGUGGUCGUCUGUACUUGUCAAAGCUGACGCACAAGUCGUACAUAGAGGUUACAGAGGAGGGCACCAAGGCGGCAGCCACCAUGGAAACUAACAUUGUAGAGAAGCAACUCCCUGAGUCCGUGGUGUUUAGAGCAGAUCACCCGUUCUUGUUUUUCAUCAGGAAGAAUGACAUCAUCCUGUUUAGUGGCAAAGUCUCUUGCCCUUGA